CGAGCAGCCUGCCCCCGGCAGGAGGAGGCGGAGGCGGCGCUGGGCUGGGCUGGGCAGGGCACGUACCGGCGCCCUGCGCCUCAGUCCGCGCGGAGCCGGGAGAGGAGCAGCGGCACCGGCCGCCCUGCGCCGCUGCCAUGCCGAAGCAUGAGUUUUCUGUUGACAUGACCUGCGAAGGGUGCUCCAAUGCGGUCACCCGCGUUCUCAACAAGCUGGGAGGUGUCCAGUUUGAGAUCGACCUGCCCAACAAGAAGGUGUGCAUCAAUUCGGAGCACAGCGUCGACACCUUGCUGGCCACGCUGAAGAAAACCGGGAAGAGUGCCUCCUACCUGGGGGAGAAAUAACCCCUGAGCCGAUGGGUCUGAGGGUCAGGCUUUCUCCACACCCCAAAGAAGGAACGCUAACAUGAUCGCUUCAGUGAGAAGAUGGCCUGUAUACACAUCUGCUGACACCCUCUCUCAUUUGACCCCGGUUACCCUGACAGCUGUUGGAAAGAAGAAGGCUGGAGGAGGAAGGACCCUCGGAGGGAAAGGACCAUGAUCUACUUGAACCAUCGUUUGUAAAACUCCCCUCUUGAAAUGGAGAGUUCAGAUGCGCUCUCCCUCUCUGGCCUUGCAGUAAACGAAGGAGCCACUUCUAUUUUCAAAUACA